AUGUCUUGGGAAGAGCUGCCAGUGGAGGUGCCAGAAAAAAGCCAUUUUAAGAACACAGGAAAGGCCGGGAGAGCAUCACGUACCAGAGUACCACAGGACCAAAACUUCAAAACCUAUCCUCUCAGACGUGCUGGACCAGGAGAAGGGAAUGAAGAAAGUAGUGAGCCAGACAAUGGUGAUUUCAAGAUAGAAUCAUCUCCCUGCUACUUGCUCACUGUAAGAAUCAUACGAAUGACAAAUCUCCAACGAGGGGAUGCUUUGAGCCGGGCUGAUUGCUAUGUGACAUUGUGGUUGCCUACUGCUACAUGUGAAAAGUCCCGCACCAAAACUGUAAGAAACUCCAACAACCCGGUUUGGAAUGAAACCUUCUACUACAGAAUCCAGAGUCAGGUCAAGAACGUGCUGGAGCUAACUGUGUAUGAUGAGGAUUUUGCUACUCGAGAUGACCAUCUCCUCUCUGUGCUCUUUGAUACUGCUAAACUUCCAGUUGAAAGAACAGUUCUCUUGUAUUUUAAGCCUGAUCCAAAGGCCACAGAGAUGCUAGAGGUUGAAUUCAAACUGGAGAGCAUUUCUGGUCCUCAUGAAGCCAUUGCUACCAAUGGAGUCCUAGUGUGUCGUGAACUUUGCUGUUUGGAAGUUGAAGUGACUGAGAAGCAGCAGCAAAAAUCAAGGAAAGAGCUUUCCCUUACAGUGAAAUGUUCCUUUGAAGGGACCAGGGACAUUACACUAGGACCUGAUGGAGUUGCCAGCCCUCCAGGUCCUACCAGAUUCCAUUAUAUCAAGUAUGCGGAGCCAACGCUGGAUGUCAUGUUGCCGAAGAAGAGGCGCUACCACCCCAGGACCUGUAAGUUCAGUACAGAGACAGGCUCCCCAGUGGUGAUGCUGAAUUCACUGCCCAUGGGAAAAAAAAUGACAAUUGCAAAGGAGAAAAGAUUUGAUUUGAAUGUGAAAGCAGAAAGCUGUAACUGCUUAUGCAACCAAGACCUGGACAUGCGGUUUGGCUUUGACUUAUGUUCAGAGGAGAUGGAUUUCCUGUGGAAAAGGAAGAGACAUGUAGCAAAUGCUCUGAAAAAUGUUUUUCACUUGCAACGGGACCUCCAGCAGCACGAAGUCCCUGUGGUGGCUAUCAUCACAACAGGAGGAGGACUGAAAUCCAUGACAGGACUCUAUGGCAAUUUACUGGGGCUCAAGAAAUUAAAUCUCUUGGACUGUAUAACAUACAUCAGUGGGCUAUCUGGCACCACGUGGACAAUGGCCAGCUUAUACAGAGAUGCCUACUGGUCACAGAAGGACCUAGACUGGCACAUUGGUGAAGCGCAGAGACAAGCAACCAAAUGCAAGAUGGGCUGUUUCUCUACGGAUCGCAUGAAGUACUAUAACAAGCAGCUAUGUCAGCGGAAAAAAGAGGGAUACAGGACAUCAUUUAUAGAUCUUUGGGGACUCAUGAUUGAAUACCUACUAAAUGAUGGGAAAGAUCCUCACAAACUUUCGGAGCAGCGAGAAGCACUGUGCGAGGGUCAGAACCCAUUGCCCAUAUAUGUGUCAAUCUGCGUCCGGGACAACUAUACCACUCACGAUUUCAAAGAAUGGGUGGAGUUCACCCCGUACGAAGUGGGAUUACUGAAGUAUGGAGCCUUUAUUCGCACAGAGAAUUUUGGAAGCGAGUUCUUCAUGGGGCGCAUGCUAAAAAAACUCCCAGAAUCCCGGAUCUGCUACCUUCAAGGUAUGUGGAGUAGUAUAUUUUCUGUGAACCUAUUACAAAUAUGGGGACUGUCCCACAGUUCAGAGGACUUCUGGAAAAGAUGGACCCAAGACAAAAUAGAAGAUGUCGAUGAAGACCCAAUAUUGCCUACAAGACCCCAUGAGCUAAGGACUCGCACAUACACUCCUCCUGGUCCUCUUUCUAAAGCUCUUCGAGGUGCCUUAACUGACCGCUUCUCAGUUGCCCAGCAUCACAAUUUCCUGAAGGGCUAUCAGCUGCAUAACAGCUACCUUGAGAAUGAACACUUCUGUCGAUGGCAAGAUACUGUGUUAGACACACGUCCCAAUCAGCUGAUGCAAAAUCCUGAUCACCUGGGCAUGAUAGAUGCUGGAUUUUUCAUCAAUACCAGCAGCGCACCACUUUUAAGGCCACAGAGGGAAGUGGAUGUCAUCAUAUAUUUAAGUUACACUACUGGAUCACAUUCAUUGUCUCUGGACAAGGCCUGCAAAUACUACUCAGAACAGAAAAUCCCAUUCCCCAAAAUUUCUUUGAGAGAUGAAGAUAAGAAAAAUCUAAAGGAGUGCUACCUCUUCCAAGAUUCAGAUUCACCAGGAUGUCCGAUCGUGAUUUUUCUUCCACUUGUGAAUGAUACCUUCCGAGAGUACAAAGCACCUGGUGUAAAGCGCUGCUGCUCAGAGAUGGAGGGAGGACAACUUGAUUUGACCAGUCGCUGUUCCCCCUACUGCAUGUUCUCAGUCAGAUAUUCUGAUGAGAAUUACCGUCGGCUGAUAAACCUCGGCGAAUACAACGUCCUGAAUAAUUCUCACAUGAUUAUGCAGGCCUUGCACAUAGCAAUGCAACGGAAAAGACAAAAUAUGUGCUAAUCAUUGAUCCGAUUGCCUGUAUCAUUGUGGAGGAGUUUCUCAUGCUGUAGCGCAUGGAAGGAACAAAGCUUUUUGAACAGUCUGUUCUGCACUACAGAAAGAAACUACCCCAGGUGACUCAGUUGGGUUUUUUCACUCCCAUAAAGUGGCCUCUCUAGACAAUCAAAGACAAUACCUAUGAAAUCCUCAUACAUGCUUUGUUCCCUGAAUUAAGGUUGUCUGUAGCAUACACUUUACCUAAAAUCCUUAUUAGAUUUUUAAAAUAGUGUUAUUUUAAACCUAAUUUAUUAUCGUGUAUGACAUACAGGAAACACAUUUUAUAACACCAAAGUGCUACAGUAAUACAACCCAGCUAACACACCUACAGGGCAUGAGAAGGGAGUAUGGACUUCUGCCCCCUAAAAUUUUUCUUCAUUGAACACAGUGCACACCCAAACCUGGAAAAUGAAGAAAAUCUGAGAUACUUCUUUUCUCCCAUCUAACCUGCCUUGCAUUGCUGAUCAUCUCCCUAAUGACUCUAUUUUCCUUCUCCUUCCUGCUUGUAAUUCCCCUGCUGCUUGGACUUUGUCCCGUUCAUCUAUUGACACCACCUGCAGCAGGCCACAGCAGUGCUUCUUCCUACCUGUGUGCACCAAUGUGGGAAGGGCAUAUGGAAAGAUGCCACUUCUGGCCUGCCUGCUUUGUUCCUCGCACCGUAUGGGUAAGGGUGUAAUAUCAGAGAGCAUCCUGGAGGAGCUCUGUGCUCAAGAGCACAGCCCAGAGAGCAAGAAGCAGAGUACUGGAGCUGGAAGCUGGCAUUGGAUGCCUGAAACGACUCUGUUUUGCAAGUAUCCCAAAGAGAAGCCAAAGAGGUUGGAAGUGUUACAGGGACAAAUGUCUGUGCACGCAGCCAGGUCUGUGAAUCGCUUCUGUCUCCUGAGCUUUUUUGGACUGUGAAUGAAUCAUAUAUAUGAGGAAAGCUGCAAUCUUGGAGGAAGUGGGGUAGGAUUUUUCAUGUGAAAUUUUUGUUCCAGUGAAAGGUAUAAUUUAAACACAUCAAAACUUUCUCUGAGUUUGUCAGUUUUGAUUAUUUUGUGUUGAAAAGAUAUAAAAAAGAAUCAAAAUUUUAUUUUGAAGUUUUUAAAAUAAAACCCCCGGGUUUUUUUCCCAGAUGAAUUACUUCUCAUACUAAACUUCAUUUCUUAAAUUAAAAAAAAAAAAGUGUGCUUGAAAUGAAAAUAUUUUACUUCCACUGUGUAUUGAAAAACCUUGUUAUUUAACCCAAUGCAAUUUAAAAAAACAUUUUAGGAUAUAAACCCAUCAACAAAAAUGCUUCUUUGUUUUAUUCUAGUUCAAAUGGUGCACAGAGCAGGAGGGACUUAGUAGUCUGCAACAACUCAGACCGCCUUAAAAUGAUGGGAUCUAGCAAUGAAAAUACCAGCAGAAUUUGUGGGCCUGUGGGAUUCUUUAUAUUCCCUUUUUCUGGAAGAUGUCUUUUCUGAACUGUUGAAAGUGCUGAGGAUGAGCUAUAAAAAUAAUAAAUCCAUAACAACCACUGCAUUCCGGAAGCAAGUUAAAUCGAAAACACACAUUUUUUUAUUAAUAAAUCUUGUGUCAUAAUGACAGUUGAGCAAAAUUUUUGAACAAACAGUUUAUUCAAUGAAAAAGGGGUUACCAAGUCAACUAGAUAUUCUAGUUUGGGGCUAAAAUAAACCAGGCAAAGUGCUUGAGUAAGUUGAAACCUUUCAUGUUAAUAUUUUCCAAAAAGCUUUGUUUGAAAUAUAGCUUCUUUUUAACAGAUUGCCUAUCUCUUCACCCCAGGGAACCCACACUGAAAAUUAAAUGCUUCAUUUACAGCCAAAUAACAUCUUUGGCUUGGUGCAAAAUGAUACUCUGAGGAUUUUCAUUUUUGCAAGAAACAAUGAUAAAUUAUCUUUACAAAUUGUUCACAAUGACUUUUUCCAACACUUUUGUCAUUUAGGACAUCAAACCAAUCCUUAGCUUUCUGUGCAACUAAUUGUGUCUAAUUUUGCAAGCCUAAAGAUCAGGGCAUAAAUGCUAACGUUUAGAACUCUCUGAGUUCUGAACAAUUGUGCACUUCUGGGUUUUUUUCCUCUAUGGUAGUUUCACUAGUGAUAAUCCGAAAUCUGGUGCUAUGUGCUCUGCAUAUUACCCUGGGAAUUGCCAUUCUGAACUUGAAAACCCUGCGGUGAAAAAAAAAAAGUUUUUGGCCAUAAACUCAUGCCACCUCUGGCUCUGACGAAAUGUUAGUUUCAUGCAAAUAUUUCAUGUAUAAAAUAUUGCACA